ACGGUCGUUUCUUUACCUCUUGACUUUGUCAUAAAUUCCUCUCGUACGUUACUUUGAGAAUUAAGAUAUCAAUCAAAGAUUCAAGAGUUUGAGAUAUGAACCAAAUGUCAUCUCGAAUUGGUAUUGGAAUUGUUUGUGGUGGUAAUAGUGGCACCAACUAUAUGGUACCAUUAUCAUUAUCAUUACCAUCAUCUUCAUUUUCUUCUCUUGCUUCCUUGCCUUUCAACAGCUUCAUCAAAGGGAAUGGACUUGUUUUGCAUAAUUGGACACCUAGUAAUCAUAACAAUGGCUAUGAACGAAGGAAAGGACAUGGGAUUGUGGCAUCAAGCGACGUUGCUUCACCAUCCACCUGGGAUGAUUGGAAACCUCCCAAAGCCUCUUCCACUCCUUCCCUCAGCGAUAUUCUCUGGCCCUCUGUAGGGGCAUUUGCAGCAAUGGCACUAUUGGGAAAGUUGGAUCAAUUAUUGGCACCAAAAGGACUCUCAAUUUCAAUUGCACCGUUAGGGGCUGUUUGUGCUCUCCUCUUUACCACACCAUCUGCCCCUGCUGCUCGGAAUUAUAGUAUGUUCAUGGCCCAAAUAGGUUGUGCAGCCAUUGGUGUUUUGGCAUUCACAAUAUUUGGACCUGGAUGGCUGGCCAAGUGUGCUAGUGUAUCAGCCUGUGUUGCUUAUAUGAUUUACACAAGCAGCAUUCAUCCCCCAGCCGCAGCUUUGCCAUUGCUUUUCAUUGAUGGUGUUAAGUUGCAUCACUUGAAUUUCUGGUUUGCUUUGUUUCCUGGUGCUGCAGGAUGCAUUCUGCUCAGUUUGAUGAAAGAGGUGGUUGUUUACUUGAAGAACAAUUUCAAAUUUUGAUACUUGCUCUGCACAACCGAAAUGGAUUGAUACAACUCCCCUAAGGUGGCCAGAGACUAUCCUUUCCAUCUCUUGUAAAUUAAUUUACUGAAGGGCCCAGAAGAAGAAGAUUCUUUGAUCAGAAUUCAGAACUGUAAGUAGUGAGCAUCCCCCAACCUUAAAAUAAAAGACUGUCCUAGAUUUUGUAAAGAGUAUCUAUCGUAUCAACCAUUUCAACCUAAAAAUUUAAAUUAUUAGGUAAAGGUCAAUUAAUGGUUUUAAUAUUUUAUAUUAUAUUUUUCUAAUACUCUCCUUCAUAUAAGAGCUUAAUGAGCUUGAAAGGUGAACAAUAUAUCAUGUCUUACCUACUUGUAUUAAGAAAGUCCACUAUAUGUUAAUUCUAUUUAUUAAUAAAAUGGGAGCCGGUGAUG